AUGGGCAAUUUGAGAGCGACCUCCGAUUACACGAUUGCAGACGUCGACAUUGAUUCGGAUGGUGCUAACUUUAAAAAGAAGAGACACACGGAGAUAAGUGCUUACAUAUCUACAACAGCGCUGGCAGAGAAUGCGUGA